UCCUGAACUUCGUAGUCAGAAAAAAUCUGAUUUAUAAAAUAGAAGGGAAAACAGCAUUGGGUUGACAUGGCAUUCCGCCGGAGGAACAAGAGUUACCCUUUCUUCAGCCAGGAGUUCUUAAUUCAAAACCACGCCGACAUCGUCUUCAGUCUGGUGAUUUUCAUUUUGAUUGGAUUGAUGUUUGAGGCAACAGCCAAGACGGCCAUACUGUUCAUUCAGCCUCAGUACAAUGUCACCACACUGUCACCAGAGGGAGAGGUGACGUUUUACCAUUACGGAUGGAAGGACUGUGCCACCAUCCUCUUCUAUUUCUUCAUCGCCAUCAUCCUCCAUGCAGUGGUGCAGGAGUAUCUCCUGGAUAAAGUGAACCGGCGCCUCCACCUCUCCAAGAGCAAGAAUACCAAGUUUAAUGAGUCGGGCCAACUGUGUGUGUUUCACUUGGUGUCGAGUGUGUGGAGUUUUUACAUCCUCAUAAUAGAGGGAUAUCUCCUGCAUCCCAGCAGCCUUUGGGAGAACUAUCCCCAUGUGCACCUCAGGUUUCAGGUGAAGUUUUUCUACCUCACUCAGCUGGCGUACUGGCUCCACGCCUUGCCAGAGCUCUACUUCCAGAAAGUACGCAAGGAGGAAAUUUCUCGUCAGCUCCAGUACAUCUGUCUGUAUCUGCUGCACAUCGCUGCAGCCUAUUUGUUAAAUAUGAGUCGUGUGGGUCUGGUACUCCUCUUCCUCCAGUAUGUGUCAGAGCUGGGCUUCCACAUCGCUAGACUCUUUUACUUCACUGAUGAGAACCAUCAGAAAAUGUUUGACAUGUGGGCGGUCAGCUUUGUGUUUACACGGAUGGCCACGCUGACCCUGAUGUUCCUCGCUGUUGGGUUUGGUUUGGCUCGCUCAGAGAACCAGGGCCUGGACUUGGAGCAGGGCAACUUCAACACUGUACUGAUAAGGAUGACUGUUCUACUGCUGGUAUGUUUGACCCAAUCUUGGCUACUCUGGAAGUUCAUCCGCUUCCAGCUGAGGCGCUGGAGGGAGUUCAGACACGAACAGGCCGUUCGCAAGAAGGCUGCCACGAAACAAGCCCUGCGGCCGCUGAAGAGAGACUCACUCGGUCACCAUGAAAACGGAGUUCUCAAAGCUGAGAAUGGAGCCUCUCCUCGGACCAAAAAACUCAAGUCCCCCUAAGACAGCGCACCGACUGGCCUGAACAGUGGCCUUAGCCCUGGCUAAGGUUUCUCAUCAGCGCAGCAGGGAAGCUGGCGGCCCCUUGCCACCAUGCUCCGUGUUGAGUAUGUCCUGAGCUGUUACAGGGACUCAGUCACUACAGACUUAGGCUUGAAUGCUGGAAAAUGAAAUCCAAGGAAAUCCCUCGAGCCCAACAGACAUUUACUCCUCUCAUCAUAUCAGUAUUUUUUAUACACCCACGCAGCCUGCUAUCCCAGCCCAAGGAGCACCAUUGUAUGCAGAAUGAUUCAAAUGUAAAGUGAACGCAGUAUGCAGCGCACACGUUCCGCUGUGCGUCAGUGUUGAAUGUGUCGAUGCAUAUCCUCAUACAUAAGUACUGUAUUGGUUGUAGCGUUGUCUGAUGUUGCAGCUGUUUUCAGCUCUUCCCAUUGAGCCGGCUUUGCUUGUUUUCUCGUCUGGUCCGUUGGAGCAGAAAAAUGUUACUGAUGAUGUGGUUUGAUACGAGCUUACUGUAUGCAGGCCUUAACAUGAUCCCUCCACUGUGUUCGGGAAGGGAUUUUGGCCAGCCAAUAGAGCGGUCACCUGGGCUCCUCCCAAUGAUUUAUGUCUGUUUGAAAUCCUACAUCUGUCACUGGUCACUUAACAGAUAAGCAUCAAGUAUGUAUGUUGGAUAUUACCGCAUGCCAUUCCAUGUUUUUUUUUCUUUUAAUUGUUUUGUUAAUUUCUUUAUUAAAUAAUGCAAU